CUUGUCGGGUCGGGUGCAUGCAUCACCUUAAAAUACACUGUUCGCAUCCAAAGACAAAUACUGACCGAUGGGCCUACGACUUUGAAAAAUUUGAUAUCACUAACUGGUGAGCUUCUCAGCUACCAUCACUCUGCCGGCGGCAAUGGCCGGACAAGAAGAGCAUCGCGACGGCAGCUCCCACCGCCGCCAAGUCGUCCUCUUCUCCCUGCCAUUCCAGGGCCACCUGAACCCCAUGCUCAAGCUCGCGGCGGUCCUCCACGCUCAUGGCCUCGGAGUCACCGUCCUCCACACGGACUUCAACGCUCCGGACCCCGCGCGCCACCCGGAGCUCACCUUCGUCCCCAUCCACGAGACGCUCCGAGACGAGGCCACCUCCCCGGACUCCGACAUCCUCGCGAAGCUGCUGUCCCUGAACGCCGCCUGCGAGGCGCCCUUCCGGCAGGCCCUCGCGUCGCUGCUGCUGCUGCGGCGGCGGCGCGGCCACGACGUCGCGUGCGCGGUGGUCGACGGGCAGUGCUACGCCGCGCUGCGCGCCGCCGGCCAGCUCGGCGUCCCCGUGCUCGCGCUCCGGACGGACAGCGCCGCCGCGCUGCGCAACAUGCUCGCGUACCCGCGCCUGCGCGACGCCGGCUACCUUCCCGUCAAAGAGGAGCAGCUGGAUGAGGCGGUGCCGGACCUGGAGCCGCUCCGCGUGCGAGACCUGAUCCGCGUCGACGGCUGCGGCGUAGACGAGAUGUGCAGCUUCGUCGCCGGCGUCGCCGACGCCACUGGAGCCUCGGUGUCCGGCAUCGUCAUCAACACGUUCGAGGCGAUCGAGGCGUCGGAGCUCGCCAAGAUCCGGCGAGAGCUGCCCCUCCCUGCCUUCGCCAUCGGCCCCCUGCACUUGCUGUCGUCGUCCCAGGAUUCGGCGGAGCAGAGCCUGUACACUCCCGACCUCAGCUGCCUGGCUUGGCUGGACGCGCAGCCGGCGGCGCGCUCCGUCCUGUACGUGAGCCUCGGGAGCCUGGCCUGCGUCGACCGCGGCGUGUUCGAGGAGAUGGCGUGGGGGCUGGCCGGAAGCGGUGUGCCGUUCCUGUGGGUUGUCCGGCCGGGCUCGGUCACCGGCACCGGCGGCGGCGGCGGCGAGGAGGUUCCACCAUUGCCGGACGGGUUCAACGAGGAGGUCAGGAACAGAGGGAAGAUCGUCACUUGGGCUCCGCAAAGAGAGGUCUUGGCGCACGCCGCCAUUGGUGCGUUCUGGACGCACUGUGGAUGGAACUCGAUACUGGAGAGCGUCUGCGGAGGCGUGCCCAUGCUUGUGCAGCCAUGCUUCGCGGACCAGAUGGUGAACGCGAGAUACGUCACGCGUGAGUGGGGCGUUGGGAUGGAGGUCGGGGAAGAGAUUGAGAGGGAGACGGUCGCCAAGGUGGUGACCAAAGUGAUGGUUGGGGAAGAUGGACCUCUGAUGAGGGAGAAGGCGCGCCGUCUGCAGAUGCAGGCAUCUGCUGCUACUAGCUCGGCCAUGGACGGCCUAGUCCAGUACGUAUUGUCCCUGUGAACAGAGAACAUGUCAGAAAUUUGAUCGAGUCGGCAUGAAUUGCAAGGUAAUCAAGAUCUGUUUGCAAAUUCGUCGAUUAAGGUUUUUUUUUUCUCUCGAGCAGGCCGUAGCCUGUUUUUUGUGGAAUAAUGUAAUGUGUCGUGGUCUCCAACUGUGAGCAAACUGAGAUUGAAGGAAAGUAGUGUGUCUGCUUGGGUGCCCGAGAAGAGGGUUGCAGGGUUGGAAUUGUUAGAAUAAAUGGGCUUGGCCCAAUAGAAAUUCAAACGUUCCCAUAAAAAAAAUCUCAAAACCUAUUUAAUA